AAACAUAUAAACUGAAAUAAUUUACACAAAUUCAUCUUCGAGUGUUUUCACGGUCAUGUCCUUUUAUCUUUCUAGAAAAGGUUAGAUGACCAGGAUCCAAUUCGAACAGCUGCUCGUGUUUGAUUCAUCAUCCUUAACAUCGACCAUGCAUGCGCAUCAAUGUUCGAUUGUUUCAGACUGUGGUGAGCGCUUAGCCCAGUGGCUAAUGCUAAGUGCUGAUUGUUAGAUCUAAACGAGUUCGUUUGAAUGAGUUCGGAUUUACUUUAAAUUAGUAUAAAUUAAUCGGCACAAUAUGGCGGAAGAUUCAUUCAAACUGUCAAAAAACCUGCUGCGGAUGAAGUUUAUGCAGAGGGGACUGGAUGCUGAGACAAAGAAGCAGCUGGACGAAGACGAGAAGAGGAUCAUCAGUGAUGAACACUGGCACCUGGACCUGCCGGAGCUCAAAUCUAAAGAAAAUCGUAUCGUGGAGGAAAAGAGCUUUGGGCCUUGUGAGGAGCUGCUGUUUGGACGCCUGUCCUUCAGAGGAUUUAAUCCAGAAGUGGAGAAACUGAUGGCUCUGAUGAACCCCAAAGAUGAAGUGGAGGAGGAUGUGAGCCAAAUGCAGACAGAUGUUACUGAUGAAGAGAUGGCUCUGAGGUAUGAGAGUUUAGUGGGAACCAUGAAGAAGAAGUUUGCUAAGAAGCGUGAGCGGCGUGGGAUGGACGAGGAUGACCAGAACCUUCUGGAAUCAAAUACAAAGAGAGUGUUUCUGAAACCUCGGGACUGAGCCUGGACUCAGGUGUAUGUGGGCACCAGAAUGAGCUAGCUUUAGCCAGCUAACAGUUCCUACCUGCCUCCAGUCUCUGCGCUAAGCUAGCUCACUGCUACAAACAACUGCAGCUUGAGCAGAGCACAACAGGAAGUGGAAGGUUGAAUUCCCGGUUUAAUGCUCUAGCAGAACAGAGUGUGUUGAUGCCAUUUCACUUUUAAAUGUUUAUUAAACCAUUUUAAUAAAAUCCACAGACAUGUUUUUAAAA